AUGCCGGCGGCCGCCUGCAAGCUGCUGGCCCUGCCUCUGCUGCAGCUGCUGCUGCUGGGGGCCGCGCACGCCCCCGCGCCGGUGGACGCCGCCGUGGGAGUCUGCUCGAAGCCCGUCACGUACACCGAGACGCAGUUGGUCACCUUCAGGCGAUCUGUACGGCUCGGCGGUCUUGUUAAAUGGAUCACGGGGAAACGUCCGCAGAAAUUUACCAAGAAGCGCAACGUCUUUGGCUGCUGCACUGGCUACAAGAAGAAGGGGAGCGUUAACAUCUGUGAGCCUGUGUGCAACGGCGGCUGUGCAAAUGGAAAAUGCACUGCUCCAGGGGUCUGCACUUGCAACAAGGGUUACCAGCGGGAUUCCAAGAACAAGGCUCUCUGCAGGCCUGUGUGUGCUGGAAAUUGUCGGAAUGGCAAGUGCGUGGGACCCAACGUGUGCAACUGUAACAAAGGUUAUGCACAAGACGCUAAGAACAAAGCAGUCUGUAAUCCUGUAUGCACAGGUAACUGCCCCAAUGGAAAAUGUACUGCCCCAAACGUGUGCACUUGCAACUCCGGAUAUCGGCAAGAUCCAAAGACCAAGACAAGCUGUUUGCCAGUGUGCACGGGAAACUGCCAGAAUGGCAAAUGUGUGUCACCAAACGUUUGUAGCUGCAACAGUGGGUAUGUGCAAGAUUCUAAGAACAAGGCUCUUUGCAACCCUGUAUGCAAAGGUAAUUGCCCCAAUGGAAAGUGUACUGCUCCAAACGUAUGCACUUGCAACUCUGGAUAUCGGCAAGACCCAAAGACGAAGACAAGCUGUUUGCCAGUGUGCACGGGAAACUGCCAGAAUGGCAAAUGUGUGUCACCAAACGUUUGUAGCUGCAACAGUGGGUAUGUGCAAGAUUCUAAGAACAAGGCUCUUUGCAACCCUGUAUGCAAAGGUAAUUGCCCCAAUGGAAAGUGUACUGCUCCAAACGUAUGCACUUGCAACUCUGGACAUCGUCAAGACCCAAAGAUGAAGACAAGCUGUUUGCCAGUGUGCACGGGAAACUGCCAGAAUGGCAAAUGUGUGGCACCAAACGUUUGUAGCUGCAACAGUGGGUAUGUGCAAGAUUCUAAGAACAAGGCUCUUUGCAACCCUGUAUGCAAAGGUAAUUGCCCCAAUGGAAAGUGUACUGCUCCAAACGUGUGCACUUGCAACUCCGGGUAUCGGCAAGACCCAAAUACCAAGACAAGCUGUUUGCCAGUGUGCACGGGAAACUGCCAGAAUGGCAAAUGUGUGGCACCAAACGUUUGUAGCUGCAACAGUGGGUAUGUGCAAGAUUCUAAGAACAAGGCUCUUUGCAACCCUGUGUGCAAAGGAAACUGUCCCAACGGAAAGUGUAUUGCACCAAAUGUAUGCUCAUGCAAUACUGGUUAUCGACAGGAUCCAAAGAACAAAACUGUCUGUGUGCCUGUAUGUGCAGGUGACUGCCGCAAUGGAAAAUGUGUAUCUCCAAAUGUCUGCAGCUGCAAUAGUGGAUACGCUCAAGAGAGUAAUAACAAGCAUUUGUGCACCCCUGUGUGCAAAGGAAAUUGUUCAAAUGGAAAAUGUACUGCUCCAGGUGUAUGUACUUGCAAUUCUGGAUACAGGCAAGAUCCGAAAAACAAGACAGUUUGCACACCACAGUGUGAUGGAAAUUGUAAGAAUGGGAAAUGUGUAGCACCCAAUGUAUGUAGUUGCAAUGCUGGAUAUACAUUAGACCUCAAAAAUAAUACACAGUGCAAUCCUGUCUGCAAAGGGAACUGCCCAAAUGGGAAAUGUUUUGCUCCAAAUGUAUGUUCCUGUAACUCUGGUUAUCAGCUCGACCCAAACAACAAGACAAUCUGUAGGCCAGUUUGUAUAGGUAACUGCCAAAAUGGCAGAUGUGUAGCUCCUAACAUAUGCAGUUGUAACAGUGGUUUUGUGCAGGAUCUAAAGAACAAGACAUUAUGCAACCCUGUAUGUAAUGGAAACUGCCGAAAUGGAAAAUGUAUAGCACCAAAUGUUUGCUCCUGCAACUCUGGCUAUCAGCUAGACCCAAACAACAAGACAAUAUGUAGGCCAGUCUGUGUAGGUAAUUGCCAAAAUGGAAAAUGUGUAACUCCCAACGUAUGUAGUUGUAACAGCGGUUUCAUGCAGGAUACAAAGAACAAGACACUGUGCAACCCUGUGUGUAAAGGAAACUGCCCAAAUGGAAAAUGUAUAGCUCCAGAUGUAUGUGCCUGCAACUCUGGUUAUCUACUAGAUCCUAACAACAAGACAAUCUGUUGGCCAGUCUGUGUCAGUAACUGUCAAAAUGGAAAAUGUGUAGCUCCCAAUGUAUGUAGUUGCAACAUUGGUUAUGUACAAGAUAAGAAUAAGACAUUAUGUAAACCUGUGUGCAGUGGGAACUGCCCCAAUGGUAAAUGUAUAGCCCCCAAUAUCUGUACGUGCAAUUCUGGAUAUAAGCAAGAUCCAAAUAACAAAAUUGUCUGUACACCAGUAUGUGCAGGAAAUUGUCGAUAUGGGAAGUGUGUGGCACCAAAUGUAUGUGCUUGUAACAAUGGAUAUGCUCAAGAUCAAAAGAAUAAGACAUUGUGUAAUCCUGUGUGCAGUGGAGAUUGCCCCAAUGGGGAAUGUAUAGCCCCAAAUGUUUGUAACUGCAGUAUCGGAUAUGAGCAAGAUCCAAACAACAAAACACUUUGUAAGCCAAUCUGUGUGGGUAACUGUCCAAAUGGCGAAUGUGUUUCACCGAAUGUAUGUCGCUGUAACAGUGGAUAUGCUCAAGAUGCAAGGAACAGAUCACAGUGUAACCCAGUAUGCAAAGGAAACUGUCCCAAUGGCAUAUGCACAGCACCGAACACCUGCACUUGCAAUUCAGGCUUUCAGCAAGACAUGAUGGACAAGAAUGUUUGUAAACCUAUUUGCUCAGGCAACUGCCCAAAUGGAAUCUGUGUUGCCCCAGAUGUAUGCAGGUGUAGCAAUGGAUAUUCCCAAGAUCCCAAGAAUAAGACAUUAUGCAAACCCAACUGCAGUGGAAAUUGUCCCAAUGGGAAAUGCACAGCCCCAAAUGUCUGCACUUGUGAUUCUGGUUAUGAGCAAGGCGAAGGAAAUAAAACGGUCUGUAAACCCAUCUGUGUAGGUAAGUGUCCAAAUGGGACAUGUAUUGCUCCAAACGUUUGUAAAUGCAACACAGGGUUUUUGCAGAAUCCAGAAAAUAAGACUUUGUGUAAACCCAUUUGCAGUGGAAACUGUCCCAAUGGGAAAUGUUUAGCUCCAAAUACCUGCAGCUGCAAUUCUGGAUACCAGCAAGAUCCAAAGAACAAGCUUAUGUGCACACCAUAUUGCAAGGGUAACUGUCAAAAUGGGAAAUGUGUAGCACCAAAUAUAUGUACCUGUAAUGAUGGAUAUGUACAAGACAACAAGGAUAAGACAAUAUGCAAGCCCGUAUGUAGUGGUGGCUGUCCAAAUGGGAGAUGUACAGCUCCAAAUGUUUGCAGUUGCAAUUCUGGUUAUCAGCAAGAUGUAAAAGACAAAACUGUAUGUGCACCCAUCUGUUCGGGCGGAUGUCCAAAUGGGAAAUGUGUGGCACCUGACAUGUGCAGUUGUAACAGUGGAUAUUCACUAGAUCCGAUCAAUAGUUCUGUUUGCCAGCCGCUCUGUGCCGGAGGAUGCUCCAACGGAAGAUGCAUAGCCCCAGAUGUUUGCUCUUGCGAUGAAGGGUACAGUCGAGAUGUGAAAAAUAUGUCUGUAUGUAAGCCAGUUUGCUCCAAAGACUGUAUUAAUGGUGUGUGUGUUGGACCAGACAUCUGUUCCUGUAAUGUUGGGCACCAGAAAAAUGCAAAUAAUAAGACGGUUUGUGACCCAGUGUGUGACAAUGGUUGCCAGAAUGGGAAGUGCACUGCACCCAACACGUGUACAUGUCUUGCAGGUUACCAGCAAGACAUCACGAAUAAAAGUGUUUGUGUUCCUGUUUGUAGUGGAGGAUGUCAUCAUGGGAGAUGUAUUGCACCAAACACUUGCAACUGUGAUUCUGGUUAUGAACCAGACCACAAGAAUGCCCAUGUCUGUCGCCCAACUUGCUCUAGAGGCUGUAAGAAUGGAGAGUGUGUCGCUCCAAACCAGUGCUCCUGUAAUCGUGGGUACAUGGAAAGUGUAAAGGACGAGAAAGAGUGUGUUCCUGUCUGCCCUCAAGGAUGUUUGAAUGGCAAAUGUCUCAGCUCUGGGGACUGCACCUGCAAUUCUGGCUAUGUCAAGGACCUGUUGAACUCCAGUAGAUGCAUUCCAGCUUGUGAAGGAGGUUGCCCAAAUGGGACGUGCUCAGCUCCAGGGAUCUGUGAAUGUAAUGAGGGCUACGCUAAGGAUGGACAGAAAUCGAACACUUGCCAGCCAGUAUGUCACAAUGGUUGUGGAAAUGGCACUUGCGUAGCCCCUGGUGUCUGUCGCUGUGAGAAAGGUUUUGCACAGGAGCGAAACUCGUCAGGGAAAUGUGUACCGAGGUGCAGUAGUGGCUGCGUCCACGGGUGGUGUGUAGCACCAGACACUUGCUCUUGUGACAACGGCUACACGUCAGACUCGUCGGGCGUGUGUGUACCACGGUGCUCAGGAACCGACACCUGCUCUUGUAGUAUUAACGGUACAGCGGUGCGAACGUGUCGGUGCGAGAAAUCUGGAGCGAGCUGCGGUGGACCAACUAUGAGAAGAGUCAACACGGCGAGUUCCGGGCUGAUGAGCCGUGCAGCGUGGGUGGGCGUGGCCGUCUUCUUGGGCGUGCUGCUAUUGGCCGGCUCUGUGCUGGUGGUGGUCGCCAUCUGCCGACGGAGGCGCCUCUGCAGGCCAAUCGCCAAAGCCUCGCAGCCUGCCAUUGCAGGUCAGCGGGACUUCAGCAACCCAAUCUUCCAGAUGGAGAUAGACGAAGGCCCCAGCCUGCAGCCAUUGGGGGUCAGCGGCAGCCUCAUGGCCGUCUCCUAGACCUAGCACAGUCUAGGCUGAUCUAGCCUAGAUCUACUCCACUUUUAGUCCAACCGCCAGCUGGGACUACUCAACACUACCAUAGCUCGACGACGCUUACCGAGUCCCAUUGAAUCAUCAGUAGACUCAAAACAACUGUCUAGAGUGGGGCAGAGGGUACUUGCAACCAAGUUACAAGGAUACGCUUAUAGAAAAUAGGGAGGCUUGACUCUCAGCAUGUACUGGUAUACUUUGCACUUUACAACAGCCUGUCAUCGUCUGUCUAGAAACAAAAAUGCCCUGUGGAGGUAAUAGCAUCGUUCUCCUAGCCACACAGAGCAACGAUCUAUUUCACAAAAGAAGCAUAUAUUUAGAGAAAAGAUACAUUUCACAAACGAGGCUUAUACCGUAAACAAUGCUGCUUCAUUACAAUACGUGCCUCAAGGUGUUUAGAGAAUCGAACAUCAAAGUUCUCGGAGCCUGUUGAAUAGAAUUCGAGACCGCCAGCUAUCAAUUAGCGACGUUUGCGCAGCGGGCUAAGGUGGCAGGCUGCAGAUCUGUGCACACUAGGUUUGACUCUUGUCAUUUACGUUUUUGUAUACAAUCUUGUAGCGUUACAACGAAUCAUCGGAAAGAAACAAUAGUAGUUGUGGUAUAUCUGUGGAGGUAUAAUCGACGUAUAAUAAGGUGUGAUGAUGAAACGAAUAUUUAUUUAACUAAACAUUUGUAAUCCCUAAAUUCAUUUUGAAUUGCCCUGUACGCUGAUACGCACAAACGUUCACUGUACCAAGUUACAAGAUAUCACAAUUUACAAAAAUCAAUGAAAACAGAACUUUCCUCUUACUUUCCGCUUUUAAGUACUCACUGCAUUACGCUGACUUUGUAGAUGUUCUUUUCCCAACAUCAGGAGCUUAACUCAAACCAAGUUGAUUAUACGGGUAGCUCACAGAGAGUUUUCUUGUGACUCGAGUUUUUGAGACAUUUAAGUGCAUUUAUAAGCAGAUACUACCGUCAGUACUAGACUCUGAGUAAGCCACCUUCAUUGAAUGAUAGAUUCCCGUCGACUGCAGAUACUUAAUUUUCUCCAUUUUUAGCAGUGCAGUGAGCUACUGCGAAAGUAAACCUCUGUUAUUAAUUAAUCAACCACGUUUUUUAGUUGCAAGUGAAUUUCCAUAAGAAGAAGAGCUUUACAAAGAUCAGAUUAUGUGAACCUAUACAUUAACUCGUAAAUUUGUCAUUGAUUGCUCAUAUGAUAAAUGUUGAAACACACAACUGUCAUCAAGUAUGUAUUGUAUAUAGGGAAUAUAAUCAUUGUGUAAACAGAUACGUAAUAGUCUAAUGCGCACAAAAGGUAGAGUGACACGCGUUUUUCUGAAAGCGUAAUCUAUUCCAUGUGUAAAUGUACAAAACAGACAACAUCAACGUGCUUUUCUCAAUGGGUCACUGUUUCACCUGUCUGUUACAUUAUGUGGUGGGGUUAUAUAAAGAGACUGAUGGUGUUUUGAAAUGCAGCAGCCAGGUGGUAGCCGUGCGGUGCUGUUCGGUGGUGGGGGAAGGCUAGUGACGCGAUCUGACUUUGGGAGUGUGCACACGCUACUUCAGAUCUGCAUGUGGAAACGUGCCUUAACUGAAUGUACAGCAAAGGCGCUAAUUCACUUAGGUAGUUGCUGGGACAAUCUGAUGUGUCAACAACAAACAGGCAAAAUACGAAUUGAUACUGUGAAUUUGUUCUAGUUAAUAUCAGUGCGUACAUUUCAAUGAAAUGAGACCAAAGAUUAUUGUAAUACCAAAGAAUAAAAUUGUUUAUUUUUUUA